UCGCCGCCUCCGCCGCCGCCUGGUCCUCCGCCGCUUCAGCAGCGGAACCCGCUGCCGCCGACGCUUUGGUCGCCGGCCGCCCGCGCGCUGGCUCGGCCGGGACCGGUAGCCAUGGAGGACUUCAUCGUGAUUUCGGACGACAGCGGCUCCGAGAGCUCUGGGAGCACCCGUUCAAACCGGGCGCGGAGGCUCCGCCGGGCCCUGUCCCGGACCCCAGGCGCGCUGCCCCGCCGGACCGUGGACUUCAUUGACUUGACUAGAGAAACCAGACAGAGGGCAAAAGAUCGCAGUGGACACUGUGUGAUUGACCUGACGAGAAGUGAGGAAGAAAAUAGACCUAUUGCCACUCUCGAUUUGACUUUAGAACCUGUCACUCCCUCCCAGAAGGAGCCAGCCAGCCUUCAGACAUGUGCCAGCCUCUCAGGCAAAGAGGUUACAGAGAGUGGAGGAGACAGAGGGUCUCGGCCUGCAACACGGAGAAUCAUUAACAGUGAUCCUGUGGAUUUGGAUCUGUUGGAAGAAACAACAUUUGAAGGUCCUCACCCUCCUCCAUCUAUCAGUCAGAACUCUGUUUGUCCAGUGGAGCCAAAUUGUAGCUCAACCACAUUCAAAGGUGACCUUGGCUUCUUGGCAAGCCUACAGUUGUCUUCAGAUGUUAGCUCCCUGUCUCCAGCAAGCAAUAAUAAUAGCAGCAGCAAUCAGAGGGUAUCCUUGCCCUCUGAUGUGCCUUGCCCACUACAAGCCUUGCCAUGCCCACUAAGAGUUUUGCCAUGCUCCUUAAGGGCCUCACCAUGUCCACCACGAGCCUCCUCAUGUCCACCACGAGCCUUGUCAUGCCCAUCACAGAGUGUGAAGUGCCAACCUCAUGCUUUGCCUCAUCCACCUCAAGAAGUGCCAUGCCUUCCUCAAAAUGUGCCAUGCCCUCAGCAGAAUGUGCCAAGUCCACCUCAAGACUCACCAUGGUGUCCUCAGCACCCACCAAGCCCACCUCAAGACUCUCUGGGUCUACCUCAAGGUGUACCAGGCCCACCUCAAAACCUAUCACAUCCACAAGAUGUGGCACACCUGCAAGACAUGCCACAGUCACAGAAAGAUAUGCCACAGUCUCCGAGAGAUGUACUACAGUCACUAGGAGACUUGCCACAGUCAAUGGGAGACAUGCCACAGUCAUUGAAAGAUGUUCCACAAUCACCAGGAGACAUGCCACAGUCACAGUUACCAGGCGAUGCAUCACAGUCACUGGGACAUAGGCCAGGCUUACCAAAUGUGCUACACUCACCAGGAGAUGUGUCACAUUUACCAGGAGACUUAUCUCACUUACCACAAGACAGACCUGAUUCUCCCCAGAAUGAUGUACAGUAUCAUGAUACUCCCAUGGAUAUCUCAGCUCCAUCCUCUCCCAGCUGCUCCCCCAGUCCACAGGCUGACACUUGCUUAGAAAAAGUUCCUUGGCUUUCUGCCACAAAAACCCCACCCAAAAAAGAGGUAUCACUGUCAGAAUCUGCCACCUCCAAGUCUGCCCAGGUACAAGCACGAAUACCACAAAGUGGGGUAUACAACAGACCCUGCCUGCAUAGACUGAAGUACUUCUUGCGACCUCCAGUACAUCACCUCUUCUUCCAAACGCUAAUUCCGGAUAAAGACACCCGAGAGAGCAAGAGUCAAAAAUUAGAACCCAUCCCUCACCGAAGACUAAGAAUGGUGACCAACACCAUUGAAGAAAACUUUCCCCUGGGGACUGUGCAGUUUUUGAUGGACUUUGUGUCGCCCCAGCAUUAUCCACCCAGAGAUAUUGUGGCUCACAUCAUCCAGAAAAUCCUGCUCAGUGGCUCUGAGAGUGUGGAUGUCCUCAAGGAGGCCUACAUGCUUCUUAUGAAAAUCCAACAGCUACAUCCAGCCAAUGCCAAGGCAGUGGAGUGGGACUGGAAGCUGCUCACCUAUGUCAUGGAGGAAGAGGGUCAAACUCUGCCUGGGCGAGUCCUUUUUCUGCGUUAUGUAGUGCAGACCCUGGAAGACGACUUUCAACAGAUCCUGAGGAAGCAACGACAUCACCUGCAGCAGUCCAUUGCAAACACUGUGCUGUCCUGUGACAAGCAGCCGCACAAUAUCAGAGAUGUUAUCAAGUGGCUGGUCAAAGCAAUAACUGAUGAUGGAUUGACCUCGCUCCCAAAUGGCAGUCAGACCUCCUCAGGAGCAGGAAUCUUGACAUUCAGCAGUAGCCGCUCUCCUCCACAGUCUAACCUGAACAAGAACACCAGUCAGCUGAUUGUGUGUCAGCUUCAGAGGAUGUUGUCCAUAGCUGUCGAGGUUGACAGGACUCCCACCUGCAGCUCCAAUAAAAUUGCUGAGAUGAUGUUUGGAUUUGUGCUGGACAUCCCUGAAAGGAGUCAGAGAGAGAUGUUCUUUACCACUAUGGAAAGCCACCUUCUGCGCUGCAAGGUGUUAGAGAUCAUCUUCCUCCACAGCUGUGAGACGCCCACCCGCCUGCCCUUGUCUCUGGCCCAGGCUCUCUACUUCUUGAACAAUUCCACAUCACUGCUCAAGUGUCAGUCAGAUCAAACCCAGUGGCAGACUUGGGAUGAGCUGGUUGAGCAUCUGCAGUUUCUGUUGUCCAGUUACCAACAUGUUUUAAGAGAGCACCUACGAAGUUCAGUGAUUGAUCGAAAAGAUUUAAUAAUCAAAAGGAUUAAGCCCAAGCCCCAGCAAGGAGAUGACAUCACAGUGGUGGACGUGGAGAAGCAGAUCGAAGCCUUCCGAAGCCGUCUGAUCCAGAUGCUGGGGGAGCCUCUGGUCCCUCAGCUCCAAGACAAAGUGCACUUGCUGAAGCUGCUACUGUUCUAUGCUGCAGACUUGAACCCCGACACAGAGCCCCCCUCAAGGCACUGGAACCCCUGAGGGCCUUCCAAAGCACUGAGCACCAAGAAUACCUCUCAACUCUUUCCAGCUACUCAGAAGCUCUGAAGUAUGAACAGUAGUUUAAAAUGUCGUUAAGACAAAUGCAUCUUAUU